ACAGUAAGGCAUAAUUUUGUUGGGUUGGCAUGAGCUAAAACUUUCAGCACUCUUUCUACACAGCAUAUAGGAGGGCAUCAAUGCAAAUAAAUUAGUACUUUAAAAUUUUAUUUUAGCUGUAGCUCAAAUCUAGAUAACUUAAUGCAAGAAAUUUAAACAAUUCAUUUUAAUUCAAUUAUAUUAGACAUUGGAUCAAGGCUACAUUGUCACUGACAGUAGUAAUGGGGAUAGGAUGGAUUGGUAGUGUACUAUUCUUUUCACAACGACUUCUUUUCAUCGGUUACAUUAUGACUAUUUUUAUUGCUGGUCAGGGUAUCAUUAUAUUCAUAUUAUAUGUACCACUCUCAAGCAAUGUCAGAGAAGCUUAUGCUAAACUCUUAAAGAAAAGGCUAGCUAAUUGGUCACUGACACGAAGCACAGUUAGUGGAGAUUCUAAAAAGAAGUCCACUGAAGACAAUCAUUACACUGUGGGAAGUAAAGAAGUGAACACAAUUGAUAGAUCUAAUGGGCUUGAUGCAGAGAAAAGCAAAUCAAUGGCAUAAUUUUUUCAUUGACUUACUAACAGCAUCAUAGUAUGUAUUGAGUACUUUGUAUAAUUACCCUUGUCAAAUAAUGUCUUAGUUCUUACUAUA